GUAAACCUCGCUACGGCGGAAACUCGCCAGGUAGAAGUAGAAGGGAUUAUAUCAGUGAGAGUUGUGACUGCUUAGAAAAUAAUAAUAAUUUAAUAUAUUUUUCCUUUGCUGAUUAUAGUUUUGAUCAAGGACCACCUGACAGUGUGACUCAACUUUGUCAUUUCGAAUGGACAGCUCAGGACGAUUUAGUUGCAAAAGUCGACAUCGAACAGGUUCCUUAUUUCAACGCUCCAAUUUAUUUGGAAAACAAACAACAAAUUGGCAAAAUUGACGAAAUUUUUGGAAACAUUAGAAAUUUUUAUGUCUCUAUUAAAUUAUCAGACAAUAUGAAAGCGUCAAGUUUCGAAAAAGAUGCUCAGUUCUUUAUUGAUCCGGCGAAACUUUUACCACUUCAGAGAUUUCUUCCCAAGCCUCCAGGUUCAGUUCAAAAGAGAGGAGGCCGAGGAGGUGGUGGACGAGGUGGAGGACGUGGCGGAUCUUUUGGUGGUGGCCGCGGAGGCGGUGGUGGAUUUAGAGGAGGACGAGGCGGAUCUUUUGGUGGUGGCCGUGGAGGCGGUGGUGGAUUUAGAGGAGGACGAGGAGGCGGUGGAGGUGGUGGUGGUUUCAGAGACUCCGGAAGAGGCCGAGGAGGAGGAGGUGGAAGAGGUCGAUGGUAAAAACUAAAGAUAUUUAAUUUCUUUUAAAUAUAUCAAAUAAAUGAUUCACGAAAUCUAAUGUUGUAAUUGACUAAAAACGACUUUUUUCGAGACAAAACGAAUUUAAUCUUCUAAAAGAUUAUGUACAGUUGAUUUAAUUAUAAUUCAAAACAAUAACUAGUUUUGUGAAAUAUACAAAUAACGUUAAGAGAGAGAGAUAGAGAGAAAAAUGUAUUCCAUAAUUUUACAUCUAUAAUAAAGUUUUUUUUUAAAUAAA